GCCCCAUCUGUUUUCCCCGGCGGUGACUGGAUUAUAUUGUAUGGGACUGGGGCCGGCCGCCGCGGCCGCCGCGGGAUGGAGCGAGCGCGCGGACCCCGCCGGUAGCCGGAGCCGCCGCCGCUUCAGUGACUCGGCCCGCGCCGCCGCCCCAGCCCGGCCGCGCCUCAGCAGCUCACGCUCACGGCGAGCAGCGGCCGCCGCCUCCGCGCGAGGAGCGAGGCGCUGAGGCGCGGCGCCGCGGCGGGAGUCCGAGGCGAGCGGGCCGAGCGCGGGGAGCGAGAUGUGCCCGGAGGAGGGCGGCGCGGCCGGGCUGGGCGAGCUCCGCUCAUGGUGGGAAGUCCCGGCCAUCGCGCACUUCUGCUCGCUCUUCCGCACCGCUUUCCGCCUGCCGGACUUUGAGAUCGAGGAACUAGAGGCAGCUCUCCACAGAGAUGAUGUAGAGUUUAUCAGUGACCUGAUUGCCUGCCUGCUUCAGGGCUGCUAUCAGCGAAGGGAUAUAACGCCCCAGACGUUCCACAGCUAUCUGGAAGACAUCAUCAACUACCGCUGGGAGUUGGAAGAAGGGAAGCCCAAUCCUCUGAGGGAUGCCAGUUUCCAGGACCUGCCCCUGCGUACCCGGGUGGAGAUCCUACAUCGCCUGUGUGACUACCGGCUGGAUGCAGAUGAUGUCUUCGAUCUUCUCAAGGGUCUGGAUGCAGACAGUCUCCGCGUGGAACCUCUGGGUGAAGACAAUUCUGGGGCCCUCUACUGGUAUUUCUAUGGCACACGAAUGUACAAAGAGGACCCUGUACAAGGAAGGUCCAAUGGAGAACUUUCUUUGAGCAGGGAAAGUGAAGGGCAAAAGAAUGUCUCAAAUGUUCCUGGAAAAACAGGAAAAAGAAGAGGAAGACCCCCAAAACGGAAGAAACUACAGGAGGAGAUGAUAGCAAGUGAGAAGCAGGAAGAAAGCUCCCUGGCAUCUGAGCCACAGAAAAGAAAUGGGUCCCAAGGGCCAGGCCAAGGCACUUGGUGGCUGCUUUGCCAAACUGAAGAAGAGUGGCGACAGGUCACUGAGAGUUUUCGAGAGAGGACAUCACUUCGAGAAAGGCAGCUCUAUAAGCUCCUCAGUGAAGAUUUUCUCCCUGAGAUCUGCAACAUGAUCGCCCAGAAGGGAAAACGUCCACAACGUACAAAGGCAGAGUUGCAGCCUAGGUGGAUGUCUGACCACUUGUCCGUCAAAUCCAUCAAACGAGAGGAAACUCCUGUGCUCAGCAGGAUGGAAAAGCAGAAGCGCAAAGAGGAGGAGGAAGAGCGGCAGAUUCUCCUGGCUGUGCAGAAGAAAGAACAGGAGCAGAUGCUCAAGGAGGAGAGGAAGCGGGAGUUGGAGGAAAAGGUCAAGGCGGUAGAAGAUCGUGCCAAGAGGAGAAAGCUCAGGGAAGAACGGGCAUGGCUGCUGGCCCAGGGCAAGGAGCUGCCCCCAGAGCUCUCCCACCUGGACCCCGGCUCUCCCGCACGGGAAGGAAAGAAGACAAAGGAUCUCUUUGAGUUGGAUGAUGAUUUCACUGCCAUGUAUAAAGUUCUGGAUGUGGUAAAGGCUCACAAGGAUUCCUGGCCCUUUUUGGAACCUGUGGAUGAAUCCUAUGCCCCUAAUUACUAUCAGAUUAUUAAGAUCCCCAUGGAUAUUUCAAGCAUGGAGAAGAAACUGAAUGGAGGUUUAUACUGUACCAAGGAGGAAUUUGUAAACGACAUGAAGACUAUGUUCAGGAAUUGUCGAAAAUACAAUGGAGAAAGUAGUGAGUACACCAAGAUGUCGGAUAAUUUAGAGAGGUGUUUCCAUAGAGCAAUGAUGAAACACUUUCCUGGUGAAGAUGGGGAUACGGAUGAAGAAUUUUGGAUUCGAGAGGAUGAAAAGCGGGAGAAAAGACGGAGUAGGGCUGGGCGAAGUAGUGGGAGCCAUGUAUGGACUCGCUCUAGAGACUCUGAAGGGCCCAGCAGGAAACAGCAGCCAGUGGAAAAUGGAGGAAAAUCAUUGCCCCCCACACGCCAAGCUUCCUCCUCUCAGGAUGAUCAGAGCAGGAGUUCUGCACAGUCGCCUCGAGAUGCAGGCACUUCCAAUGGCCCAGGCUUUUCUCACUCCCUGCACUGUGGUGGGAUGCCCAACCAGGCCCCACUUUUAAACCAGAUGAGGCCAGCAGUGCCUGGAACAUUUGGCCCUCUUCAAGGAGCAGAGCCCGCCCACCUAUAUGGCUCCUCUCAGGUCCCAGAAGCACACCCGGGAGAACCCAUGCAGCACCAGUCCCUCUCUGUGCAGCCUGCAGUUGGAAUUGGCAGCCACCGAGGACCCCAGCUAGGGGCUUCUGAAGAAAAGCCAGUGUGUGGAGGGCUGGCACACCUUUCUAACAUGAGAUCCCACCCUGCCCCCUUGCAGCUUGGGCAGAUGAGUGGUCCCAGUCAGGAUGGAAACCUGUAUCCUCCAGCUGCAUUCCAGCCAGCAUUUAUUUCUCCUAGGUAUGGUGGGGCUCCACCUCGACCACCAGAUUUUGUUGAGAGCCCAGAAGCUCCUCCUAGCCAUGUGUAUCAGUCAUACAAGUACCUGAAUCGAGGACCCUGUGUUGUCUGGAAUGGGAACCAUGGUGGUACCAACCCAGGAUCCUUGGGGCCAGAUGAGAAGCCUCCAUUGGGGCCAGGACCCUCUCACCAGUCUCGACCCCUUGGUCACAUGAUAGAUUCUCGAGUGAUGAGACCACCUAUCCCUUCAAACCAGUGGCCUAAACAGUCAAGCUUUCUACCUCAUGGAGUUCCUUCCUCAGGGUAUAUGCGACCACCCUGUAAGUCGGCUGGACAUCGAUUGCAGCCAUCUCCAGCCCCAGCAGCAAGUUCUCUAUUUGGAGGGCCAUCUCCAACCCUUCGAGGGGUUCAUGGGGGCGACUCCAUGAUGGACAGCCCUGAGAUGAUCGCCAUGCAGCAGCUGUCCUCCCGCGUCUGCCCACCAGGUGUGCCUUACCACCCCCGCCAGCCCUCUGCCUCCCAGAUCCCUGGCCCUUUUCCACAGGUGGCUCACUCAGCAUCAGUAACUGUGUCAGCCCCCAAGCCUGCCUCAGGCAACCCUGGGAGGACACAGAGUACCAGUGAGAUGCAAGAACCUGAGAAUGACCAAGCAGAGCCCUUGCCUGGGCUUGAAGAGAAACCACCCAGCAUCAGUGCUUCAGAGGGGUUGUACCUCAAAAAACUACCUCACCCCACACCUCCCCUGCAGUCUGACUGCCCCAGGCAGAGCUCCCCACAAGAAAGGGAAACAGUGGGCCCAGAGCUCAAAAACGAUGUCUCAGAAUCUUCCGACCACUGUCAAACAGCACAGGGCAAGACUACCUGGCCCUCAGGCAACAGCUGCCCCAGCCCAGCUCCCCAAGGCUGUUUGAGGAACCUCUCUGCAGCUGCAGGUAGAGGCCCUUUGCCUGAAAAUGGAGUCAUUGGUGAAGCAUCCCCCUGUGGAUCGGAGGGCAAGAGCCUUGGUGGCAAUGGUUCAGAAAAACCACUCUGCCCCAGAGGCAACAUACUGCAGGAGACCAUUCCAUGUACAGGACAGAAUGCAGCUACACCCCCGUGCGCAGACCCCAGUUUGGUGGCAGGCACUGUAAGCCAAUUUUCUCCUUUGUACAUGCCUGGCCUGGAAUACUCUAACUCAGCUGCACAUUACCACAUCAAUCCAAGCCUGCAAGGGUUGGGCCCUAUGAUGGGAGGAAAGUCAGCAAUAUCAAAUCCUCAGCAUUUUCCCCCCAGGAGCUUUCAGUCUACCAGUCCGCAUCCCGGAGUCUUUCCCCGGUACCGACCCCCGCAAGGAAUGAGGUACUCCUACCAGCCACCCCCUCAGCCUUCCUAUUCUCACUACCAGCGCACUCCUUACUACACAUGUCCACAGGGCUUUUCUGACUGGCAGCGACCUGUCCAUCCCCAGGGAAGUGCAGGUGGGUCCCCAGCAGGUCACCCUCCCCCGCAGCGAUCCCUCUUCUCAGAUAGGAAUUCUGUGGCUGAUCUGCAAGGCUGUGAGGCUCUGAGUGCCUCCCUAACCUCCCCAAAUCGAACACAUACAGUGGCUGCUAAAGUCGUCCCAACAGACGGGCAGAAUCCAGGUCCAGAGGAAGAAAAGCUGGAUGAAUCUGUGGAGAGGCCAGAGAGUCCCAAAGAAUUUUUAGACCUAGACAACCAUAAUGCAGCUACAAAGCGACAGAGUUCAUUGUCAGCCAGUGAAUAUCUUUAUGGAACUCCUCCACCUCCUCUGAGUUCAGGGAUGGGUUUUGGUUCACCUGCUUUCCCUCCCCAUGGCGUGAUGCUACAAACGGGGCCACCUUACACACCUCAGCGGCCAGCUAGUCAUUUCCCACCCCGAGCAUACUCCUCCCCAGUAGCUGCCCACCCACCUCACCAUCCGGUGGCCACUCAAGCCAACGGCCUCUCCCAGGAGGGCCCCCUCUAUCGCUGCCAGGAAGAGGGCUUGGGGCACUUUCAAGCUGUAAUGAUGGAGCAGAUUGGCACUGGAAGUGGAAUAAGGGGACCGUUCCAGGAAAUGUACAGACCAACAGGGAUGCACAUGCAUGCCGUCCAGUCUCUGCCCUCAUUCCCAAAGACUCCAGCACCAGUGGCAUCACCAGAACAGCUACCACCCCAUAAACCCCCAACACUUCCUCUAGAUCAGAGCUAGUGCAAGGAGGAAAUAACCCACAAGGGAAUGGAAAAGCUGCCUAUGAAGAGAACAGCACACGGAGGAUUUGGGAUGACCAUGCCCAACUCCAUUCCUGUCACCCUGCUCCACAUCUUCACAUGAAGCACACCAUACUACUAGGAGCUGGAGCCACUCCCUGGCCUUCAAAGUACACUCCACAAAUGGCAGGCUGCUCGUACUGGCUGACACAAUUGGGAAGAACAAAUGGACCUGGAAUUCACACCAACUUCUCCAGAUCUUGGGACUUGUUCAGGGAAAUCACUUCGUACUUGGGAGGGGGUCUAGCAGGAAUGGAGUGGUGCUUUUAACCUUUCAUGAGCAGCUAAUCUCAGGUAUAUCUUCAAGGAAGGGACUACUUGUAGUAUUAAUGUUUUUGGAGCUGGGUCCAGUUUACAGAAUUUUCAUGUUGCCUUUUAAAAUGAUUUUUGUUGGUCGUGAAUGUAUUGUAUAUAAGGUGGGGGGUGGGGAUGUGGAAGAAAUGGGAGUCCCAACUGUGGUGGGCACACAGCACUUGAGUGGUCUCUGUCUGUUUACAAUCAUGGCACACUGAACGCUUUAGGAGCUGGACAAGAGGGUAGGCAAAGUCUCAUCUUGUUAUGUUAUGUGCCACAGUCUCUGUUUGCUUAGUGACUGGCCAGCCUUUAGCAGCGAAAGGACUUCCUUCCAGUCAGCCUCAGAGUACAGCUGGCUUAUCACCCUCCGGAUCCAUCUAUCAGCUUGAAGCAGAGUACUCUCAUGUGGCCCACUGGAGCUUCACCCCAGAAGACAGGCGGCUCUGUCUGGUGAUCUAAGUCCCAGACUGGAAAGUGAUGUCCCUUCCUGAUUCUGCCACCAGCCUCACCCAGAUAGAUACCUACAAACCAGUAUCAGGAAUUGGGAUCAAUAGAGUGUUUCACUCGUUAAAAGAUAGAAUCACCCUCUUCACAGGCCUCUUGGGACUGUGAUCUAGAAGGCAUCACACAAAGCUUUCUGGCACAAAUCACAUUUUGUGAAAGUGACUACUCAGGUGUGUAUAUGUUAGUCUUAAUAAAGGAAUUGCACAGGUUUGAAUAGGGAAAAUGUAUUCUUUAGAUUCACAGUUUGAAUUUAGGUAUAUUUCAGUAUCUAUAGUUGUUACUCAGUUUAAGUGAAUCAUAGUAAAAUCAGUCAUGGUGAUUUAAAAUAGCUAUCAAAGACAGGUUCUUGGAAAUCAUUUGUCCUAUCAGUUAUAGGAAAGUUUUCCAGUAUUAAAUUACUUUAUUACUAUAGUAGAAGUGAAUUACACUGGACCCUCUGUUUACCAUUUUCUACUUUGUUUGAUAUGUCACCAAAGUUAGGACCCACAUUUAAACUUUUAAAUAUACCACAAAGAAAAAACUAAAAUCAUCCUAAAGUUGCAAGUCUUUGUAAAGAAUAGUAUGUAUUUUAAAACAUACUUUUGUGAUAUUAGAUGUCUCCAUAAAAUAAUAAUCUGUUUUAGUUUUUUUUAAAUUUAACUGCAAGAAGGUUUGGCAGCACCCUUUGGCUCCAUUUCUAUUACAUGUAGUUGGCAGCCUUCUGAACCUCUGUAGUCAGAGGGAAGGGAAAUAGAUCACAACAGCCAUGUUACAGAGAUGCCACCCAAGACCCUGGCUCCAGUAGAAGGGAAUUCAUACCAGGUGUUGAAUGCUUGUCAUCCUGAACGUGUGGCUUAGAGAUCAAGCAGUAUCAAGUGGAGCACACAUGAAAAAUAGAUGCCUUUGAAGUAUGGUACACAAGAUUAUGAAUUUUUCUCUAGCUGACUUUCAGUUUAAAUUUAGUGCAUUUCCAAGCUGAUUGAAUUGUCGGGUUGAAUUUUCACUUGGUUGUAAGUCUUGUCAGACUUGAACUGGCAGUCUGGUUGAGAGGAGUAAACAGAAGCCAGAAGAUUUGUGGGUGGAUCUGCUCCGCCCGUAGGCUCAUGAGUUAACUUGGUCAGAACAUGACCACUUCAGUUUCUGUGUGGAGGUAAAAACAAGGAGAAAGAACAAACAGUUGGUGUGAGCUGGUUAGACUUCUUACAUGCUGUUUGAGUUCAGAGCAAAAAGCAUUCUGCCACAAACAAGAGGCCUUGACUUCUUCCCAUUAAGGACAUCAAAAUUGCAGGACCUCUUCCACGUUACUAAGGCUGGAGCAGCUGCCCAAUGCUCUCUGCUGAGAUUGCUUCCUCCUUACUCUUCUGGAGCCCCAUUUCCUGAUUACCUGUUGCUACAGAAAUGCUGUGAACAAUGUAGAGGAGGGGAAUCAGUAAAUCCCUUAAUCCUUAACUUCCUUUCUUGGUUUAGAUUGAUGAGAAAACAUUAAGGAAGAGCAAUAGAAAACUGAACUACUAUGUUGCAACACUGUGAACAAAAGCAAUAGCAAGAUUAUCAGCUGUUUGCAUUUUGGGUAGAAUUUUGAUCAGCCAUUACAGGCCUGAUGCUUCAUCUGUGUCUGGUAGAGACCCAGCUUUCAUUGAUCUUCAAAGUGCAGAUCUGCAAAGAGCAGCCUGGAGCUGCCAGACCUCAGAAACACAGGACCUGUGCUGCUGUGAACCCCUCAUCAGUCACCCCAAUGGGAUCUUUUGUUCUCACUUUUCUUCCUCUAGCACUUCUCUAAGUGUCUUAAGCACAUGCAGUGUCUUAAAGCAGAUGCAAAUGCAUUUGCCAUCUUCUCUGUAGGGAAGUGAUAUGUAAUAAUUAGAAAAUAGUGUAUAAGGUAUCCUCGCAAGCUUUGCUCUCAGGCUAGACAGUCCUUUAGAUCUUGUAGGUCUGUCACCUUGUCAAGUGUGCUGCCUAUCAGUGGUCCCCAGUAGGUCAUGGCUGAGAUCUGUGGAUAACUGAAAAUAUUCCCACUCCUGCUUGAUUUAACAUUCAUAACUUAACUUGAUUAGAUUUGUUAAUAAGUUAGAAAGUGUUUCUUCAAGGACUAAGAGGAAAUAAAGGAUCCAGGAAGAAAAGGAAAGUCUUUUAGAAAAUUCCUAGUUUUACUUCUCUUCUGAAAUCUGUCCAUUGAAAAAUAGGAAAGCCCGCUCAGUAGUAGAGCCCUAGCCUGGUACGUGUAAGGCUAGGGGUUCGCCACCAGAGGCGUAUAAUAAAUUAGCAAAUGCUGUUGGCUAAAAUUUGUUAAUAGACAGAUGUGAAGGUUAUAUAAGGACAAAAUAUGCAGGAUUCAACCAAGUGAGGUGACAUGCCUGUAACCCCAGUAUUUUGGGAGGUUGAGGGAGAAGACCAUAUGAGCCCAACGUGGUGACUUAGCAACUCUUUAUCUCAAAAAAAAAAAAAAAAAACAGGGCUGGGAGUUUAGCUCAGUGGCAUAAGCACCUGCCUUGCAAGCAGGCGGUCGUGAGUUCAAUCCCCGGUACCGAUAAAAAGGAAAAAGACAAAAAAAAAAAAAAAACAGCUGUAGCUCCUGGGUUCAAUCCCCACUACUGGGUUGGGGAAAUUCAUAAAAUUUACAUUUUCACCUUUAGAAAUAAAAUUGAACCAGGUAUGGUGGUACAUGUCUAUAAUCCCAGCAUUUGGAAGGCUGAGGCAGGUAGAUUGCUGUGAGUUUAAGGCCAGCCUGGGCUACACAGUAAGUUUAAAGCCUGCCUAAAUUAUAGAGCAACACCCUGACUCGGGGGGAAAAAAGAAUAAAAAUUAAAGUUGUUUUUUUUUUUUGUUUUGUUUUGUUUUUUGUUUUGUUUUGUUUUGUUUUGUUUUGGUGUCCUGAGUCAGGUUGAGCUAGCUGUUCUGGUAGUACUCAUCAGCAGGACUUGAAUUCCUGUUUGUCUCAAACAGCUCUCAGACUGAGAAUCCUCAUGCUCAUCUUCCUGAGUGUUUAGGAGACAUUAACUCCUAUAGUCUGUUCUGUCAAAAGCAAUUUUUUCAUUUUGUUUUGUUCUUUUUGGUUUUUUUGAGACAGGAGCUUGCUAUGUGGUUCAGAUUGGCCUUGAAUUCAGCAACCUUGGGCCUCAGCCUCCUGAGUCCUAGGAUCAUGGUCACGCUACCACCCAUGUCAUAGUUUAGCAUUAAAUGUUAAUUUACUCUAGCCUUUCCCUUCAAAGUACUUCUCCAGACUAACCACUUGGCAGCAUUAUUCCAUGGCGUGUAUAUGUCAGAGAUUAUUGUUUAGCUAAAUCCUGUGGUGUAUCACAGCAUAUGCUGAAUGUUGUCCUGAACACAAAAUCCCAGUCUGGUGUCAUGUCUGAAUAUAGUGAUCCCAGCACUUGAGAGUCUGAUGCCAGAAGAUAGUUCUUGAGUUUGAGGCCAGGCUAGGCCACGUAGCGAGACCCUGUCUCAAACAAAACAAAAAAAUCAAUUUUGCCACAAAUAGCCUUAUAGUUUAUUCAUUCUUUCAGUUUAUGGCAUGUGAUUAAAAAUGUUUUCCCCUCCCUUUUUUUUUGGUCUUUUUUCCUUUUUACCGGUACUGGGGAUCGAACUCACGACUGCCUGCUUGCAAGGCAGGCACUUAUGCCGCUGAGCUAAACCUCCAGCCCCCUCCCCUCCCUUUUUUAAUGAAAGUUCAAAUUUAUAAGUUUAAUACUGUUCUUAAAAGCUAAUUUGAAAUUACAUAGGAAAGUUUAAUCAAGAAGAGUCUGAAGGCAAAAAUAGUUGGUAGUGUCAGACUCGUGAUAAGGUUUGUGAGAAUCUCGAUUUUCCAGGAAAUAAAAACUAGGAGUUUUCUAGCAUUAUUUUCUCUUUUGUAUUUGUCUGUGGGUCCUUUCACCCCCUGACCAGAUUCUUCAUGGGCCCACAUCAGGGAAAUCAGUUCUGUUUCAGUGAGGCAUGUAGUGCUCAAUCCUGGGGUGUUUGGGGUGUCUUACCCUGGAACAUAGCUCUUUGGAACAGUUGCAGUGUGAGUUGAGCGUGGAGGCAGUGGUUUGCUGUCUGAGAACUACGAGUGUGGUUGAGUCUUAACUGGAUGAGAAGACGCUGGGCUCCCAACUGUGCUGUGCAGCCUUAAGACCCAGAGCCUCACUCUUCGCCCUCUGAAAAAGCAGAGUUGACUGAGCUUUACUGCAUUUCAGCUCAGAUAAUCUGUGACUAGCUUUUCUUCUCCAGGCUGGAUGUUGGUCCUUCUCUGUGCUAGAUGCCUGCAUAUGUGGAGAGACUGUCUCCUGCUGGAAUUGAACUUCGACAGUCUCUUCUUCUCAUUCUGCCUAAUAACCAGAUGAUUGUCCUAUGUGUGUUUUUGAAAGGGUGGAUGGGGACAGAGGUGUGGAUAUUAAGUUAUUGAAGUGCUGAUGCCCAUGGAUAAACAGUGUGGCCCCUCCUGUCCCCCAGCAGGGGCCCAGGUACCUCACUCGCCUGUAUUGCUGCAGCUCCUGGGAAUCCUCUAGACCCCAGCAGCCUGCAGCACUCAGCAUUGGGCAGUUAGCUCCUGCUGCGAGCCAGAGCCCUGUGAACCUUCCUGGCCAGUACUGGAAAGGGCAAUGCUAUUUAUUUUUAUAUUAUGUAUAUUUUGUGGUGGUCUGCUGAUUUCCUGUUUCACUGAAAGCGACACUUACCUCAAUAGUUAGUACAAUAUUGUGUAUUGGAUAAUUUGUUAAAAGAACUUUUUAAAAAGCUUUUGGAACCUUGGAGGUCUGUAGAUUUAUUUCCAUAUGAACUGGUUAUUUUGUAUAAAGUACAUUCUUAAAGUA